AUGGUUACUGCCGCCGAUUCGUACAUAUCAAUAGCUACCUUGUCCACAUCAGCAUCAGCGCCCGUCGCCAUAUCCAUCGCAGAGUUGGAAUCUCAAUCAAUCUUUUAUUAUGAAUCGAUAUACACUUAUCUGGCUCUGUGUUCUCCGUUCAUGCAGACACCUGCUUCUCAAAAUGAGCAAUUAGCAGCGUUGUCUGCACAGCAGUUUUUGGGAUUUGCAAUGGACAUGGUUGAUGAAUGUACUCGCAGGACAGUCAACAAUACCAAUGUUCCUUUUUUGCUGAUUCGACCAGAUCUGCCACAAACUCGUAACCAAGCUCGGCAAAAACUGGGCACAAUGUCACUUGCGGUAUUUCAGAAUUUUGCCGCAAGCAUACUUUUGGAAUUGGGUCGUAGAUUUCCCAAAGCGGUACAGAAUUGCAAAGCGGUGCACCCUUCUAUUGAGCCUUCAAGACAAAGCCCACAGCUGUCAAUGAAGUUUUACCAAUCGCCUACAUUGAGCCAUGAUACUCCGCCCUAUAAUAUCAACACGCAUAAUCGUACAUAUGGAUCUUGGGAAAGACCAGGCGCUGGCAACUCCAAUCGAUCACAUGAAUCGUGGAGAAAAUCUGAUACAAACAGCUUUGAUCUGUUGACAAGUCGUCAUUCCGUGAUUUUAUCAAAUCCGGAUUCGGCUAGACGAGGUCAAUCUCCAGCUGCUUUGGGGUUUGAUUGGCAAUCUCAAAACCCAACUCCCGUGGUAUCACCCACUAGUUCUAUGGGAAGUUAUCCUGAAAGUCCUAUACUUGCUCGUCGUACAGCCACUGUCAAUACUCCUUAUCGCCAAACCUCAUCCAAUUACAGACAGCAACUACCUUCUCCCGUAUCUUUGUCUGCCGUGCCAAGUCCUACUUCAGAUAUGGAAUUGGAUGCUUAUUUGAAUAAUAUUAGCGCACAUUUAAAAUCAGAGUUUCUGGACGAUAGCUCGACUUUUUCGGCUAGACCUAGACGCUCUACCAAUUAUAGUACAUCUCGAUCAAGUAGUCAACGCCCAGCAUAUCACAGGCCUCUACACAGUGAUGAAGCACCGCGGAAAACCUCCGUUCAAGAGUAUGGAGCACCUUCAAAUAACAUGAACCCCAUGAAAUCUCCAGCCCUUUCUAUCGAUGUCCCAUCUAAAUCGGCUAGACGUAAAGAUAGCAUUCAAUCUGGCUCGACCGUCACAGCAGUCAGGCCAGAAAUAUUAUUAGUAAGUAUGCAGACUCAUAUAGCUGAACUCAUGGUUUCUGUAAGGACCUCUGCAAUUUCUUCUUGGUUUGCACCACUCCGUUCUAUUCUCAUUAUCUGUCGCGAUAUCACAGCGGAGGCCGAACACUAUUUGACCAUGCCGCUUGCCGUGGACACACUCAAACGACUAGAAAAUACAACUACAAAUGUAGGGACGUGUAGCAAGAUGUUGAUGAAAAUUGCAAAGCAGUUUACCAAUACUCCAUUGACAACAUGCAGUCAAGAAUUGUUUGAAUCAACCACAAAUAACCUUGCCAUUGCAUUUCGUGCACUUGUAUCUGCGUUAAGAAUGACUAUGAAUGGAUUAAAUCAUUUAUCUGGUCAAUCAGAAAGUAAUGCAUCUGGGCGUGCAAUUAGCCCAUUAAUCGCCACGUUUGACAGCAUGUCAAUAUCUUUGCCAGCUUCAAACACCAACGUGCUCUCCACAAGUGCACCCACUCGAUCAUCUCCUUUUCUAUCCUAUGCACACAAAAACAUAAAAGCCUAUCCUCACAAGUCGUCACUCUCCAACUCAAGCAAUACGUACGAAGACAGUGAGAGUGGCUCUGUACGCUCUACCUCAGGAAGUAAAAAUACUUACACCAGUGUUUCGGCCGUUCCACCUAAACCUAGCUUGGUACACACCAACCGCCAUCAAAUCAAAAGCGCUCGACUUUCUGUUGAAGACGUGACAGAUCGCGUUGCUCGAGCUAUACAAGAUUUGCUCAACACGAUCCGAGAAAACGAUGCUGACAGCAACACAAUCCACAGUCUCAUUUUGGUUGUUAUUGGUCAUACAAACACUUUGGUGCUUCAAACUGAACACAUUGGACGAAUUGUGGUUGUGUUGGCAGAGGCAAUGGGAUCGUUACGACAGGCGCUGGUUGGAUUAUGCAUGUCGCUAAGAGGUCUGGGCGAAAAAAUUCAAUUUGCGCCUUAUAAUCGUGAUUUGAGGCAGCAGAUUGCCAACACUGCGUAUGAUGUGGCCAAGCAUGCUAAACUGCUACUUCAAGAAUUACAAUGA